CACGUCACGUGACCCACUCAGCUCUGCGGCCGUGGACAUCUGCAAAAUGGAGGACCGUGAAGCUAAAGAACCCGAGCAGCUCCGAAAGCUGUUUAUUGGAGGUCUGAGCUUUGAAACCACGGAGGAGAGUUUACGGGCCCAUUUUGAACAAUGGGGAACUCUCACGGACUGUGUGGUGAUGAGGGACCCCAACAGCAAGCGAUCAAGAGGGUUUGGCUUUGUGACAUACUCUUCUGUGGAGGAGGUCGAUGACGCAAUGAAAGCAAGGCCUCAUAAAGUGGACGGCAGGGUUGUUGAACCCAAGAGGGCCGUGUCCAGAGAGGACUCCAAUAAACCAGGCGCCCAUCUCACAGUGAAGAAGAUCUUUGUCGGUGGCAUCAAGGAGGACACUGAGGAGUACCACAUUCGGGAGCAUUUUGAGAAAUAUGGAAAGAUUGAAUGCAUCGACAUCAUGGAGGAACGCUCCACCGGGAAGAAAAGAGGGUUCUGCUUUGUCUCCUUUGACGACCACGACACUGUAGACAAAAUUGUUGCCCAGAAAUUCCACACAAUCAACUUCCACAAUUGUGAGGUCAGGAAAGCUCUUUCAAAACAGGAAAUGAGCGCCAUAUCCACUAACAGGGGUGGCAGGAGUGGAGGAUCCGGGAACUUUAUGGGCAGAGGUAGUAAUUUUGGAGGUGGUGGCAACUUCGGUCGAGGUGGCUACGGUGGAGGACGAGGUGGUUAUGGGGAUGAUUUUGACAGUGGUCCAGGAGGAAAUUAUGGUGGAGGACCGGGUUAUGGAGGGGGCCGAGGGGGCUAUGGGGGCGGUGGGCCAGGGUAUGGCAACCAGGGAGGAGGAUUUGGUGGCAACUGCGAUGGAGGUUACGGAGGAAAUGAUGGAGGAUAUGGAGGAGGUGGAAAUUAUAACGACUUUGGAAAUUAUGGAGGACAACAGUCUAACUAUGGGCCCAUGAAGGGAAACAACUUUGGUGGCAGAAAUUCGGGUGGACCCUAUGGCGGCGGCUAUGGCUCAGGUGGCGGCGGAGGAGGCGGCGGCUAUGGCUCACGGCGAUAUUAAUUAUUUCAUGUUUUGGUAAGUUGCUUUCAGUUCCACACCACCCUCGUAGCACAGUUCAGAGUGAGCCCAUGAAAGUGCAGAAUAACUAUUUGUUCUAUCCUGUAUCCAUUCAACAGGCUUCAGUUCUUAGCAGGGGAGGCGAGGAGGUGAGCAAAGGAAUUAGCUGCAGGUUACUUUGAGGCAGUCAUCUGAAAGCAUUAGAGGAACACACAAGUCAGACAUUACUGCAGCUAAAGCGGAGAAGUUUAUGGAAGAAGGACUGUAUACGCAAGACAUGAGAGCAGAUGAUACUCUUCCCUUAUUGUGAUAGAUGUUUCCCUACCAAGCUAUUUUCCUUUUGUGCGUAUGAAGUGUGUGUGUGUGUAUUGUGCCUAUGGUAUCAGGGGUUAAGAGUAAAUUGUUUUGUUUUUUAAUCUGAAGCCAGUUCUUAAUAUCUUUCUCUUUUUCUUUUUUUUUUUUAUAUUGGUUAGUUUUCUGCUGGUCAAUUAAUAUUUUGUCAUUUCAACCUGGUUUUUGUUAUUUAGCAUAUAGUAACAUCAGGCCCUCAGACGAGCUAGAAUAAUUUUUUUCUUUCUGAAGUCAUUAUGAUUGCUCAAGUGUCAAGUGUAUUUUUGAUUUUGUAUGUGAAGCACAGUAUGUAAAUCCUUCGUAGUACCAGUGUCAACAAAUAUAAGCAGUAUGGAUUAGACUUAAGGCAAUCCCUCACUCUUCUUGUUCCCAGAAAACCGAAUACUAGAUUGUUCGAAUAUUUUGAUUAGAAGGAAAAAGACCGAAUAAAGUUGUGUAGUAAAGUGACAUGAGGUUCAGUGCGUCAUUGGUUCAGAAAAAGAUCAAAUGAGUUAUUUAUUUAUCUGUUGCCUGCACAUUGUGACUGUGAAGUUUAGCAAACCAGCUUGUCUUUUCCUUUGGGAGUAUUUUUAACAGUAUAUAUACUGUAUUUACUUGUGUAAGGGUGAAUGACAAGGGAGUUUGGUAGUCCUAGGGCCCCCUACACCACCAAGCCAGUGUUGAGCGAGUAGGAUUAUUACAGCCACAAGCACCUGCAGUUGGGCCCUCAGCAUCGCUAGUGUGGAAGAUUGCAGAUGACUGUCAGACAGGACGUCUUCAGCCCCAGCACAGUGGACCAGUCAGCAUUUUGAGAGAAGGGAGAAGGCAGCAUCGAGCACAUCGCCCAUGGAGGAAGCUUGCAGUGUCGUUCCUGAGUAGUGAGCAUCUAUCUCUUUCAAGGCUAGCUAAACCCUCCAGCAGCUGGUGCUAGCGAAGAAAGACUAGUUCCUGGACACAUUGGAGAUCCUGUUGAGUCAGAGAUACUGCAGUUUUACCCGCAAGUGCUAGAUUUCAGACAUUAACAAGAAAAGGGAGUGAGUAUUUCACAAAAAAAGCUGACUAUAAGAAGAUGGAGCAGGUAAGAGUAACCACUUUGCUUGAUUUGCAGAUGUGGAAAGAGGCAUUCUCUUCUUGCUGAAAAUCUGUAAAGACCUGAUAACAUGGAAGGUUCUGGAUGGGUAAGACUUUUUCAAAAUAUUGUAUAUUGUAAUCUUUCAUGGUGAUUAUAGAAGGUGCGAGGGUUCUUUAAGGUAAACACAGAGAGACAUCCAGUGUUGCUCCACUCUGACCAGAAUGUGUGACCUUCACCACACUGCUUAGAAUAGCCUGAAGGCAAAUGUUUUCCAUGUUUUUAUUACUUUUGUUAUCAGUCAGGCACUGCUGAUAAAGUUGAUAGUGAUGAAAUGCCCUUGGGGGAAACUUCAGAUGAUCGGAGAAGAAGAAGAGUAUUUACAGUAUAUCCUCGUGCCAAGCUAACACUUGCGUCAUGCAGUGUUGUGAAAUGAAGUCUGUAAAUAAGCAGAACAAUGAACAUUGGAAAUCUUGAUCAUUAAUGCAAAGGCAGGUCCUAUUAGCAUAAUGCAAAAAUAGUAUUUAAUGUAUAAAAAAGGCUGGUAAUCGGCAACAGGAAACAUCUGAGGUCACAUCCUCUGCAUCUCUCAAAAAAAUGAAAAACUAUUUAUUCAAUAACUAUUCUACUUGACAGGCAGUCUAAUUAUCAACAGAGAGGAAAUGUGAACUGUUGUUGUACAUACCCCAAACCCUUUUGGGCUUUAUGUAUAAGAAGUGAAAGCUUAAAAUACUUUUGGUUUAAAAGCUAAAAACCUUUUUGUGACGUGCUUCAUGACACUAUGUUGACUCCCUGAUCUAAAAAUAAAUUGAGACGUUGAGGGAAAUUUUCUAAGAUUUCCCAUACAAUGAGGAUUCAAGACCGUAUGCUGUACUUCUUACAUUUGGUAUUAGUUUCUGAGAGUGGGAGAUGUUAACCUCACAAUUUAAACCACAAGCUGAGUGCCAUAUAGUUCAAUAAUAUAUGAGAGAGGGCAGACAUCUCUACAGCCAAAAUGUCCAUCACUCAGCAACUCACAAAAACAAUCUAGACUGAUGAAUAGAACUACAGUUAACAAGGUAAAAUAUGUAUUUUAAUGUUGGGGUGAAUUGUCCCUUUAACAUGGCACGUUUAAACGUACAUUCCAAUCUCAAAUCUUAAUAAACGAAUACAUUUUUUUAAUAAAGCGAGUUCCUUGAAUGAAACAUUUCAAGCAUAUUUUUUAAAUCAGUGGUUAAAAUAUGAGCCACAGAAUUUUCUGCUACACAUUUGUGUUUGAAAGUAUAUAUAGAUAUACAUGCUUUGUUAAGGUUCAGUUUUAAAUUGGGGAAACAAUGUCUGCUGAUAUAUUUCUCAAUCAGUUAAAGGAUCGUGUUUCUGCAGAGGAAUGUAGAAAGACCGACUCAGUAACACAUAAACUGUGCUCGACAAAAGCACACCAGUGUCCAUUGCAGUAUGUUCACUUAAGAGUGAUUGAAGUGUUAAUUGUUACUUGUACUCUUAAAUAAAAAUAUUUUCCAUCA